GGAACAUCAGUUGAGUUUGACUUUGUUGAGCGACAUGAAACUGUUUUUAAUCUUUGCAUUCUGCGUCCUAGCGGCCAGCGCCGUUGAUCACAAAAUCAAUGGAGAGAAUGGAUGGUACGUGCCCCAGGCCGAUGGCACCUUCGAGUGGAUCGACAAGGAUGCCGCCGACGCCUAUCUGGAGGCUCAUGCUGAUCGCGAGCGCUCCAUGUUGAACCCCGUUACCUUCCUUCUAUACACCAAGUCGAACUUGAACUCACCUCAGGAAAUCAAGGCCAACAAGGCUAGCAUCUCCGGAUCCAACUUCAACCCCAAUAACCCCACACGCUUCACCAUCCACGGCUGGACUUCCAGUGCCGAUGACUAUGUCAACUAUGGUGUCCGUAACGCUUGGUUCUCUCACGGUGACAUGAACAUGAUCACCGUCGACUGGGGACGUGCUCGCUCCGUGGAUUAUGCCUCCUCCGUCUUGGCUGUGCCCGGAGUCGGUGAGCAGGUUGCCGAUAUGAUCAACUUCCUGCGCUCCAACAACGGUCUGUCCCUGGACAAUACCAUGAUCAUCGGUCACAGCCUGGGCGCUCAUGUGUCUGGUUUCGCUGGCAAGAACGUGAAGAACGGUCAGGUGCACACCAUCAUCGGUCUGGACCCCGCCCUGCCCCUAUACAGCUACGACAGCCCCAACAAGCGUCUCAGCUCCACCGAUGCCUACUAUGUCGAGUCCAUCCAGACCGAUGGCGGCCAGCUGGGUUUCCUCAAGCCCAUUGGCAAGGGUGCCUUCUACCCCAACGGCGGCAAGUCUCAGCCCGGCUGCGGCAUUGAUCUGACCGGUAGCUGCGCCCACAGCCGCUCCGUGAUUUACUACGCUGAGGCUGUCAACCAGAACAACUUCCCCACCGUGCGUUGCGGUGACUACGAGUCAGCCGUGAGCAAUAGCUGCGGCAGCACCUACAGCUCUGUCAAAAUGGGUGCCACUUCCAACGCUUACAUGGUCGCCGGUGACUACUAUGUUCCCGUUAACAGCGCCUAUCCUUAUGGCAAGGGCAACUAGACUGAAUUUGACAAACAUUAAAGAUAUCUUGCGAAAUUGAAA